ACCAGUCUGAGCCAUCUGAACAGAAACAGGAACAAGAGCGUGGGAUAUGAAGACAUGAAACUAAUUCUUCUUAUUAAUCACAGAGAACACCAUGACUACAAUGAAGAGGAGAGGAGAUACACAAUUUGCAAGGAACAAGCCUGAGGAACCAUGCAAAAUUCUGCAGCCAGGAGACAUGGCAUACUAUCCCAUUCCUCUGUUCUUUCUUGUUAUGCCUCUGAACUGAAAACAGGGAUGCUUCAUUCGUCAUAUACCAGAUACUUACACACAUGCUGGUCAGUUUAUUUAAUUCAAAAGAGGAUUUAGUUGGGGAUUUGAGCCCUGUUGACUCUCAUAUUUUGGAGGAUUUACCAAAGCAAGCAGAGAUCUGGAUUUAUACAUGCUGACAGAGAUAUUGUCCCAGUGUGUGAGGGCUGCUUCCCAUCACUGGCUGAGUGCGCUCAGUGCAGGCUGCUUUUGUUGUGUGACUGACUAAUGUGCCCACCCUUUUGGCUGAGGCUGCUUCAUUUCGUUAUGGUCUUGUCCCAUUCUAUCUUGUACCACACCUUGGAAAGAAAGAGCAUGGAGGGUUAGAAAAGCAUCUACGUACAAGCAUGGGAGGCAAGCCAAUGAAAUGUCUCAGUUCAUCCAGCCCUACACACUCACCUAAAGAAGAAUACAUCAUUGGCCAGUCUGAAGAACAGGGCAAGAGUGUAGGAAACCACACAGAGCAACCACAGAGCCUGAAUGUAGAUGCAAUAAAGUUGUCAUCCAAUGAGCCAACUCCAGGACCAGAGAACACUGGGACAGGAGAUGGGAGCUCCUGGGAGGAGCAGCUAUAUAUCCAGCAGGAGCAGCUGGAGAAGGAGAUGCAGGAGACUAGGAAGAUGGUGACAAGACUUCAAGCUUUGCUGCUUCAUGGAUCGCUUCCUGAAGAUGAGCAAACAGCUUCUCUAUUUGGAGACAGCAUUAUUAAUGCAGAACAGCAGCUGAUAUUAAUUCGCAGUCGCCUGGAUCAGAGCAUGGAAGAGUCCUUGGACCUGAAAAGGGAGUUGUUGAGGUACAAGCAGGAGGCACGCAAUCUUCAGGCGGUUAAGGAUUCCUUGCAGUACCGCAUGUCAAUACAGGAAGACUCAGUACUGCAGCUUAAGCAGGAACUACUCCGAUCCAGCAUGGACAAGGAGGAGCUAGCAGGGCAGAAUAUGGAACUGCAAAGGAAGCUGAAUGAUAGAGACAGAUUGCUGAGUGAAUACAAAAAAGAAAUUGCACAGAAAGACAGACAACUUCAGCAGCACCAGUCCAAACUGGACGAGUCAGUUUGCAAACUCAAUGAGACAAAUCAUAACAUGAUGUCUAGUUGUGAGAACAACGGCUACAGCCAUACAGUGGAACGGUUGUCUUCACCAUUUCCACAUAGAGUGAAUGAUGAGCUGCAGCUGGUCCGGGAUGCUCUACGCAGCCUGAGGAACACUUUCAGUGGUCAUGACCCCCAGCAUCACACACUGGACACCCUGGAGCAGGGAGUGUCCAGCCUGAUAGACCGUCUCCAUUCUGCUGACUCAAAGAGGAGGCAGGAUAGAAAGGGUUCAAACAAGUCACCAGGGCGAAGAGCAAAUCACACUGAUCGAGAGUCAUGGCCACCUAGUUCGAAAAUACCCCACUCUCACAGUAGUCCUGUGAUCAGUGCCUCAACCUCAACAAAAAUACUUUAUUUCACAGAUCGCUCUCUUACACCUUUCCUAGUAAACAUUCCUAAAAGACUGGGGGAGGUCACACUACAGGAUUUCAAGGCUGCUGUUGGAAGACACAUCAAUUACCGAUAUCACUUUAAGUCUCAGGACCCUGAGUUUGGGACAGUGAAGGAGGAGGUAUUCCAGGAUGAUGCUAUUAUACCUGGCUGGGAAGGGAAGAUUGUCGCCUGGGUGGAAGAAGACCAUACUGAAGGCAGGUAACUGAAGACUGAAGAACAUCCUUAAUCUGGGAUUUGGUUUCCAUAAUUUGCUGAAUGCAUUCAUUUUAUAUGUGUUUAUACCUCAGCACUUCACAGAUCUGCACCUGUCAUCCCUUAUAAUGCAAUGGUCCAUUUUUGUGUGACAAAUGAUUGUAAAAGUUGUUUACAAAACCAUGCCUGACCUUGCUUUAAAAGUAUUUAUACUAUGAUUUUUUUUGGGGGGAGACAACUUUCUAUAGUGUUCAAAAAAGACAAACAUAUUAGUAUUGACUGUAUACAAGCUACCAACUUUUUGCCAAAAUAAACAUAUAAAGUAUUUACCCCAACCAAAUAAAUUUUAAUAAGACCUGUUGCCAUUAAGAAGUCACAUAAUUAGUUACAAAAAAAGAAUCCAAGAAUUUUUUUCCCAUCCUCAAUAAUAUGAAUUAAUUUAAUAUAGAUUAAUGACAUACAGUAUAGGUCAUAAAAGUCCAUUUUAGUUCAAAAUUAAAAUGUGGAAAAGGGGGUGAAAACUUAAUCAAGGGACUGUAUCAACAUAUGUGUUUCAAGUCACAGCUUAUAGUGUCAUGCUGGAGUAUCUUGCUGAAACCAUAAAUUAACAUAUAAUUAACUCAUUUUUUAAAAAAUGAUAAAAAAUAUCCUUUUUAGAUUUUGUAUUAUUGUUGUUCCAAAAUGUGAACCUUAAAAGAGC